AGAAUUCAUCUACGCGCAAGCGUACAGGAAGUUCCUCGUGUUCAUCGCCAUCAUCUUCAAUCGAAAAUAUCGAAAAAUGGCUUUCCUCAACGUAAACCAAUAUCAAAACUAUGGUUCAUACCCAUCUAACACAGGUUUUGAUAGGUCUCAAGGGCAAAGGAACCACCAAAUGGGCCAGGGUAGGACGAGCGGCGGCGCUGGUGGUGGUGGUGGAGGCGGAAGAAACAUGUUGCCUUCCGAAUUCGGCACCAAUGGCGAAGAUGAAAAGCAGAGAGUAUUGUACAUCGGCAACCUGGCUAGAGAGGUGACUGAAGAUCUUAUACUGCAGUUGUUUGGAGCCAUUGGACCCUGUUUGAACUGCAAACUGAUCAGUGAACAUCUUGGCAAUGACCCCUACUGCUUCGUUGAAUUCGAGACUCGAGCUUCAGCAAAGUUAGCAAUGGACGCCCUCAAUGGAAGGACCAUUUACAAUAAGGUUGGUAUCAGUACUCAACUGUUUUGAGGUACUUUUUAUUUUAUGU